GCCCAGCAACCAGGACUCACGCCAACACGCGCUGUUGACGGAAUCUGAGAAAGCUCACAGUUUGGAUCCGGUAGUACCGCUCUGAAAACAGCUUUUUUUUUUUUUUUUUUUUUAAAGAGACCCACAGAGUAGAAAUCAGUUUCUCUACAGUCCAAACAUGUCUUACCAUCGACCUACAAAGGAAGAGCGAGAAUUUAACGAGCUGAAAAAAAGAGCCGCUGAGUAUUACAUGUGCAAUGGAGUUGUGCAGAAGUUGGAGGACGCCCUCAACAUCAUGUUCAUGGACAACCCGCCGGAUAUUUACGGCUAUUUGUCCAACUACUUUUCACAGAUUGCAACUCCACCAGUUGUGAGCAGACUGUUGGGAAGAGAACUGUAUGAUGGAAAAGGCCAGUUGACAGUUGAGGCACAUGUCCUUUGCAUCAUUAGAAAUGAAGAAAAGAACGUAUGCUCCGCAGUGAUAUCCAGUCACCGUGAACCCAGAGAUGACAGCGUUGGUGACCUUGCUAUCAAUGGAAAUGAUAGAAGAAAUCAUUCUGUGCAGAUGGCACUUGAUUGGAUCACUGAACCACUGUCCAUGAUGCUAAAGGGCUUUGAACCUGCUGACCAAGCAGGCGUGGAUAAAGUAUUAAGUGACUUUUUCAUGGCACGUUUCUUGGAGCGUCAGGACAGGACGCGUAAAGAGCAGGAGAAGGAGCAAGAGCAGGCCACCGAACCUGUACGUGAUCCUACACCACCCCCUCCUGCUCCCGCUAACAAAAAAGGUGGCGGUAAAGCGGGCACAGGGAAGAAGAGCAACGUUGCAGAGAAGCCCCUUCCGUCGCCUGAGCCUCCAGCGAUUGUGGUACCAGGAAGCAUGGCCAUUGGCAGCGUGUCCUUGGUGGUGGCCAAGGCCGCGGCUCUGUUAAAGACAGUCCCCCUCUACGAACACAUCCGAUCUCUCGGUAGCCACCAGAGUCUAAAAAAUGUGGAGAUGCCAAUUCCCAUGGUUACACUGCUGAACUGUGGCAAAACCUCCCCAGGAAAGCUCAAUCUUGUGGAGGAAGUCAUUGUCAUACCCGUGGCAGGACAACGUGUCAGACAAAUUGUCGAAAUGGUCCUUGAGCUUCAAAAAGAGAUUGCAAAGAUACUGAAUGCCACCUCAAAAACUGGGCAUGCUUUCAAUACGACCUCAGACUCUGGAGGGCUGGUGAUGGGAUGUGACCGACCUGAACAGGUUUUAGACCUAAUUACGGAGGCAUGCAGUAACCUUCGCCUUGAACUUGGGAACAAGAUAUGUUUGGCAAUAAACUGCAGCGCUCAUGAGUUAAUGGACUACCCAAAAGGCAAGUAUGGAAUCAUCAGCGGAAACCCAAAGUCUCCUGAUGAAUUAGUGGACAUCUACGAAGACCUGACAAGCAAAUAUCCUGCGAUUACAGCUCUGAUAGAUCCAUUUCGAAAAGAGGACCAGGAACAAUGGGAGAAGCUGAAUAGUGUUCUAAGGCCCACAUGCUCUCUCUACUGUGAUGGGACAUAUGCUCCCACAGACCCCUAUUCACUGGAAAGGAUGCCAUCCCCUGCUUGGGCCAGAGGGUUUGUUCUGAAACAAACCAACCAAACCACAGUCACUGACCUAAUCCGCAUCACUCAACAGCUAGAAGGUAUAGUGACCAUACUUGGAACAACAAGUGGAGAGCCCUGCUGUGACACUCUCUCAGACCUGGCUGUAGGACUGGGUGUUAAUUUUGUCAAACUGGGAGGUCUGAAUCAUGGAGAGCGGCUGACUAAAUACAACCGUCUGAUUUCUAUAGAGGAGGAAUUGUCCCAGCGGGGAAUCCUGGGUUCAAAAGAGGAGCCUGAAUCUUCCCAUCCACUGGCAGCAGCAGACUAGCACAUCUCAGUCUCACGUUAUUAGCAGAAACGGGGUGAAAACGCAAAACCGCUGGCUCCCGUUGGCUACGUUUAUUGGUUUAAUCCGUUUUAAACUUUUUUUUCUUAACAACUAGUGGUUUAUUAGACAUGUUCUCUCAUGCUGUAUUUUUUGUUUCAAUAUUUAAUGCAAAUUAGUGAAGUUUUUAAAAUGCCAAUUACUGCUUAUUACCAUGACUAGAUUUUACUCCAAAUGAGCAUCUUACA